AUGGCUUCAAUUUGUCAGAAAAGAAUCACUUUACCUCCCUUUUCUUCUAUUGCAAAUGAAGCAUUAGCAGCGUCUAGUCUAGCUACGAGAAUCUCAAGAAAACCACCACCACAACCAGGACAAUUCAAAUUUAUUUUGUAUCAAGCAGAAGUACCAACGUCGUCAUCAUCUUUAACAGCUACAUCUACAGCAAUGCAGGGCAGAAAUAAGAAAGUGGCUACUGAGAUGAAGACGAGGACGAAAUCAAAGAUUUCUCCAAAUACAUCACCGAAAAAUUCUAAAGUCAAGAAAAAUUCACGAAAAUCUCCGUUAUCAUCUUCUGCUUCUUCGUCGUCAUCAUCGAGAAAGUCAGCUUGUAAGAUGCAACAAUUUUUUCCAGCGGCUUUACAACGAACAGUCAUACCAAACUCACAUAUGCAACCACCGAAAAUUAGUCAUAAUCCCAUAAUUAAUAACCAGAACGUUGCCAACAAUACUUACAUAAAUCCACAUUUUAAAUAUUCACGAUCAAUAAUAGAAAGAAAUAAUUCUUUUUACCGACCAACUACCAUAACAGAAUACGUGGAUCCCUUAAGAAAUUAUUGGCAAUACACAAAUUAUAAUCCAGAGACAAUGAAUGCUAAUUGCGUGAAUCAAGAAACUACGAAAACAUUGCUUUACUCGCAGAGUUCAGCACUCUCAGAGUUUCAAAGAUUACAAAAUUUUGCACCUAAACUCGAAUUUCCAGAAAAACUCUUUUUUUCGUCUUCGAUGGCAGCUCCAAAUCGAAAAGAUUCUGUGGAUAACAGCAGCUUUAUCGAUUUAUGA